AUGGAAGAACUUGCUGUGGAAGUUUUCGGCGAAAAUGGAGCAUGUUACAAGGCCUAUGUCACUGAUGUAUUUGAUAAUGAAGUUUCAGUUGCCUUUGAAAAUGACUGGCAGCCAGAAUCAAAGUUUCCUUUUUCCCAAGUUAGACUUCCACCAGCACCAGUCAUUGGAAAGGUGGAAUUUGUUGAAGAUCAGAAAGUAGAAGUGUACUCGAGGGCGAAUGAAGCUGAGGCUUGCGGUUGGUGGACUGCCACUAUUAAAAUGAGCAAGGGGGAAAUAUAUGUAGUCGAAUAUAAGGAUGGAGAAAGCACUUAUACCGAAAUUGUGGCAAUCGAACGCCUUAGACCAAAAAAUCUUAACUCCACAAUAGAUAAAAAUACAUUUUACAAAUUUGAGAUAGAGGUCCCAGAAGAAUUAAGAGAAUAUGCAAAAAUGGAUAAUGCACAUAAGGAAUUGCAAAAAGUGAUUGGAGCUAGUAUUUGCCGAUACGUGCCAGAAAGAGGAGUUCUCAGUGUAAUAUCUCGGAGUGAAAAUUCAAAAAAAUUAGCCGGUAUGCUUCAAGAAAUGCACUUUAGGAAUUUGGGUCAAAAACUUCUUCUUUUAAAACGAACGGAAGAGGCAGCUCGUCAACUAGAAACUACUAAAUUGCAUACCAUCGGAGGCUACACUGAUGAAUUUUCCGUUCGUGAAGAUUUAAUGGGCCUUGCUAUUGGUGCACACGGUACAAAUAUUCAACAAGCUCGUAAAGUAGAUGGAAUAACAAAUAUUGAAUUAGAAGAAAAUUCUUGUACCUUUAAAAUAUAUGGUGAAACAAAUGAUGCGGUUAAGAAAGCAAGAGGUAUGUUGGAGUACAGUGAAGAAUCAAUUAAAGUACCGAGAGUACUAGUCGGUAAAGUUAUUGGUAAAAAUGGCCGUAUAAUACAAGAAAUAGUGGAUAAAAGUGGCGUUGUACGUGUAAAAAUAGAAGGUGAUAAUGAACCACAACCAACUAUUCCUCGCGAGGAAGGGCAAGUUCCUUUUGUUUUUGUCGGAACCGUUGAGAGCAUAUCAAACGCGAAAGUUUUGUUGGAAUACCAUCUGGCUCAUUUAAGAGAUGUCGAAGCUUUGCGUCAGGAAAAACAGGAUAUCGAUCAACAGUUGAGAAGCAUUCACGGCACCAACAUGGGUUCGGUACAGAACUUUCCAAUACAAAGACGCAACGAUAGAGGUUACAAUUCGGAUAUGGAUUCGGGAAGCGGUCGAGGAAGAGGAGGACAAAUGAGGGGUCGUGGGCCUAGCCGAGGUCGAGGGGGACCAGGGGGGCGACAUUCAGGAGAAUCUCGCUUUAAUUCCGGUAAUCCAUCUAACGUCCCUGAUUAUUUCAAUAACGUUGACAAUAAAAAAGGACCCCAAUCCGGUCGGGGUAGAGGAGGGUCAAAUAAUGGGAGAACGGGGAGGGGGAGCGGACGAGGAAAGGGGGGCGGAGGGUCAGAUUUAAAGUGA